AGAUGGGCGGUGACGGUGACGGUGACGGUGACGAAUGUAUCAGAUAAAUACCUCUUAACGGUUCGGUGGAAAACACGAAAAAAAAGUUGAACUUGCUGAUGGCGUUGCCGCCGUCGCUUUACCUCUUGCCGUCGUCUUCGCCGCCGGUCAAAACCCUAGCUCUUCUUUCUCCGUCUCUAUCGCCGCGAUCCUCUUCGUCCUUUGGUUGCUCCUCGUCUUUGAGCCACGGUUGCUCGUGCUCUUUUUCCUCCGAUCGACUUUUCGCGCCUCGCAAUUCGGUUCUGAAAGGGAUGACGAUGAAGAAGGCGAGGAAACGGCUGGGGGUCGUGGCUAUGGCUCCGGAGGAGGAGAAGCUCACUCGUCGGAGCCCUCUCGAUUUCCCUAUCGAAUGGGAGAGACCGAAACCCGGGAGAAGGCCAGACAUUUUCCCUAGGUUUAGCCCUAUGAAGACACCAUUGCCUCUUCCGGGGCCUUUCGAUCCUCCAGCGGAAGAUGAUGAAGAAGACGAAGAAGAGGAGAAGAAGAAGGAAGACGGUGAAGAAGACGAUGACCCCGACAAGGAAGAAGAUGAUAAACCUAAAAAGCCAAAGUAAAAUACUCCUCUCUAUGGAGAGAUAUUCACAACAGGCAUAUAUACAUAUAUACAUAGUUCUGAGUUGUCUUGUCUUUGCCUCGAGCAUUAGGAUUUUGCCUUGUAGUUGUUGCCUCUUCUUCUGUCUGUUGUAAUCAUUAGAAUACCAUAUCUCAUUAAGAAAAAGAAAGGCUUAAACCACGGAAUUGGUUUCAAUUUUCAA